AGAGAGAGGCUCAAGAUGCUCGGGAGUGACAUACAGUUGUGCUUUAUCUUCUACAGCACGCUCUUAAUCUUGAAGAUGUACAUCAUUGCCAUCAUCACGGGCCAAGUGAGACUUCGGAAAAAGGCGUUUGCUAACCCAGAGGACGCCGAGAGACACGGAGGUGUGCAGUUCUGCCGCACUGAUCCAUAUGUGGAGCGCUGUAAGAGAGCACACCAGAAUGACAUGGAGAACAUUUUGCCCUUUUUAUUUCUUGGAGCGGUCUACUCCAUGACAAGCCCAUCAUAUGCAGUAGCACAACUUCAUUUCCUCGUCUUCUUCCUGUGUCGAGUUCUUCAUAGCGUUGCUUAUCUGCUGGCACUAAAAGCACCAACACGUUCAUUGGCUUAUGUCAUCGCUCAGGUGCCUUGCAUUUCAAUGGCCAUACAGAUACUCAUGGAAGUGGCCUCAUUCGCAUGACCCUGUCAUAUAUUCAGCUCUGAGACUGGUGAAAACUGUGAUAUUGACUGCUGCAUUGGUGGACUUACAGCAUCUCAACAGUAAUAGAAUUCACAUUUAACUUUGAGAUCAUUUAUGACUGACAAUAGCCCUGCUCUGAAACUGCUGCAUCCAUUGCCCUCAUUUACGUACUGGACACUACAGUUUGUUUUGUGUAUUGCCAUCUUGUUUUGCUAUUCAAAUGAAGGUAUUUUUACAUGAUUUUUUUCCUUAAUUAGGUUGCCGUUUAUUUACUUAUUUAUGUAUCUGAUGUAACAGACAAAACCUGAAAGUAGCGAGAUUUGAAAAUGGGGUGGUCUAGAGCAUUUAUACAGCAAGUGACAUUGUGAAGACUGUAAAAGCACAUCUUCCCACUUACGUCUCAGUUAAUAUGGUUUGUGUGGUCCGGACAAAAAAUAAAUAAAA